AUGAUGUUGUCGUGCGUCCCACCAGCUCAGUUUUUUACUUAUCUAUUGCCAUCAGCGCACUGGGAGCUGGAUGUCUUGGCCGUCCUCUUGUUGGGAUCCGCCCAAUUCCCUCCUCCUCCAGCGGACGCGGGAGGAGAGGUGAAGCUCGCCGGAGAAGUGCGCACUCAAACUCGGACUGGGACGAGCCACGAGGAGCGCCUCUCCGUGGAUUCUCAAACUCAAACUGAUGUUGGCUUCAUGAAGGUGUGA